AUGAAGUUAGCCGGAAGAUGUCAUGUUGUGACAAAGUCUGCGAUUCAGAAUACGAUCGGAGAACGGCUAACUUUACUGAAAAAGAAAAAUGCAGCUAAGAUUGUAAAGGACCCAUCGGAAAACCUGGAAUCUAUGUUGAGUUCUCUCCAUAUUCGGUAUGUUUUUUAUAUUUUUAUCAGUUUUUUAGAUCAGAUAAAAAAUAUGAAUCUUACGAGAAGGCGAGGUGCCAGUUACAGAAAUACGAUGAUAUUGAGAAAGAAAGGAUCGUAACAGGCGAUGAAGUUUUGUUUCCGUUCAAGACAGAUUUGGUUAAAAUUAAAAUGACCGAUGGCGGAACCGGUUGCGUGUAUCAUGAUGUACCUGCCCACGACCGGGGGUUUUAUUGCAAACGUGGACUGUUUUGUGAUGAAUAUGUCGUUGGAUCCGCAGCGGACAUUCCAGAUGAGGAAAUGAAUGAGUGAGUGUCUAUGAAGUUAGUUCACUUUAUUUUAGAGCCCCGUAUUACUUCUACAAUGUUCAAGAUUCCGUUGAAAACAUGAUUUUAGAAGCCCCAUCGCAACUCCCAUUGCCCAAGGUAACUGUGGAUGGAUUUGUCAAUUUUUUUAGAAGUACCCAAAACGAAAUGAACUUGAUGAAGACGCGGAGAUGGAUUCCGAGAUGAGUGCCAUGUAUGGGAAUGUGGAUCUGGAUUACAAACCGGAGAUUGAAAUGAAUUGUGUUGGAUGUGGAGCCAAGUUUCAUUGUCAUGACGUCUCUCUUCCCGGGUUCUUACCAGUGGAAUUACUGCAUAAAUUGGUUCAACGUAAAAUUAAAAUCCCCAAAUUAGAAAUCACAGAGAGGUGUCGAAGAUGUUACAUGCUUAAGAAUUACGACUUUCUGGUGAGUUUUUCUUAUAUUACAUUAACUGUUUUUGUGCUUUAGUUGAACGUGAAUGUAAGCCCGGUGGAUUAUAGGGCAGUGAUGGGCCAUCUCAAAUUGCGACAAGAUGUUUUAAUACUCCUUAUCGUCGAUAUGACUGAUAUUCGAGGAUCGAUUCUCUCUCAACUCCCCCAGCUGAUUGGCCAUGGGAAGAAUGUUAUGGUAGCUGGUAAGUGGCGGGAAUAUUUUUAGUUUUCUUGGUGUUUAGGAAAUAAAAUGGACCUUUUGCCUCCUGAUGCUCGCGCUGGGUAUCUAAAAAACUUCCGAGAUGUUUUGAAUUACGAAAUUGAGAGAGCUGGGUUGAGGGAACACUUUAGUAUAUCCAAGACGGCGCUAGUAAGUGCCAAGACUGGAUAUGGGGUCGAGGAUUUGAUUACGGUAGGUCAGGUGUCACCCGAAUAAAUAUUUUCAGUCCAUUUUCCUAGAAUGGGUCAACGUAAAAGGGAAUCUCAGAAGCGAUAUUUACAUGGUAGGCGCCACCAAUGUUGGGAAAUCGUAUGUUUUGGCGAUUGGAUAUGACAAAUAAAACGUAUUGGUUCCAGAACUUUAUUCAAUAGUUUCAUUCAAUCGGAUUUAUGUAAGAUCCGUGCUCAGGAUCUUGUUGAGAGAGUUACAACAUCGAUUUGGCCAGGAACAACUCUUUCUUUACUCAAGUUCCCAUUAAUGAAUCCAUCAACCAGGAAACUGGAGCUAAGAAGGAGACGAUUACUGUCUCAGAUGAACUGGAAGAACAAGGAAUCAAAGUUUCAACGACAACUCUACUUGGAAACCAGGAAUCCUAGGUAUCUGAGCUUGUCUGGGAUCAUCGAAUCCACUUUUAAGGUAUAGUAACUGUCAUGGUAAUGGUUAUGUGUUGCUGUAGGAAGAAGAAGAAAAGGCCCAGGCACCCUCAGAUGAAGAUCUCCAGAAGAGAUUAGAGAAUAAUUUUGAAGAUAUGGACGCAGAAAAAAGGAAACCGAAGAUUCUGUUGAACGGAGAGUUAUUUAAAAAUGGAUUCUGGUGUUAUGAUACCCCCGGGACUGUCAAUCCGGAUCAAAUAUUGGAUCUCCUGACCUUGGAAGAGCUUGUAAAUGUGAUCCCAAAGGAACUGAUCGUUCCUAGAAGUGUUGUUUUACAGAAAGGAUGGUCUCUUUUGGUAGGAGGCCUUGGUCGAAUCGAUGUUUUGGAAGUUGAAAAUAAUCAAGAGGCCGUAAAUAGACCUGUUUAUGUGAGGAAUGACGCCAUUAGCUGACUCUGAUCCGCAUAAUUUUAGAUGACCGUUUACGCCAGUCACUCGGUCAAAUUGGAAGCACUGAAGACUGAGGAAAUCAACGAGUUUUUGGACAAGAAUAUUGGAAAAAUGGGAGUACCUAUUGGCGGAAAGAACAGAUUGGAAAUGUUGCCUGAGGUAAUUUAUAAGAAAUUUUCUUUACAGUAAUUUUAGAUGAAGUCAAAGGAUUUCUUGGUGAAAACGGUUGACAAACGACAUCUCCGAGCAUCAGAAGACGUCCUUUUAUCUAGUCUGGGAUGGGUGUCAAUAUCAUCCAUCUAUUCUGUCAAGGUCCGAGCAUUCACUCCAGGUGGGCGAGGAUUAGGUACCCGGCCUUCUCUUCUGAAAUUCGCCGUGGACAUGAGAGGCUCCAGAAUCCCUGGAACCCGAUUCUUUACUCCCAAGAUUACACCUCCAUAA